AUGGAUUCGCAAGGAAAGAUAAUGACCCGCCGCGCCGUCGUUUCGUCCUUCAUCUUCAAGUUCCCGCCCAACCGCGGGCCCCAGGUCGCCCUGUUCCGGCGGAGCGACAAAGUCCGGACCUAUCCGAAUCGCCUCGCUCCAGUAUCGGGCAGCAUAGAAAAGGACGACCCGUCGCCCCUGGACGCCGCCUGGCGCGAGAUCCGCGAGGAAACGACGCUCACGCCGGCGACACUGACGCUGCUGCGCCAGGGAAAGGACUACCGCUUCGCCGACGACAAGAUCGGUCGCGAAUGGACCAUCCACCCGUUCGCCUUCCGCCUCAAGUCCCAUGAGGACGAGUCGCGCAUCCAGAUCGACUGGGAGCACCAGGGGUUCCAAUGGUUCGAGCCCCACGAGGUCCGCGACGUCGACGAGUUUGGCGGCGUGCCGCGCCUGGCUGAGAGCCUGAGGCGCAUCUGGUUCGAGAUCGAGCUUGGCGAGAGCAGGGCGAAGGUCCUGAGCGAGGGCUUGCUCGCGCUGCAGCAGGACCACGGGAGCGGGGCGCGGGUGCUGGCGGCGAGGGCGCUCGAUGUCUUCUUGUCGCUGGUCUCCGACAAGUCCGGCUUCGACAAGGACGGCUCCGUGGACAAGUGGUGGCGCAACAUCCGUCUCGCGGCGUGGCAUCUGUGGAAGAACGGACGCGAGUGCAUGGGCGCUGCGAUCCUGAACAACAUCGUUCGGUCCCUGGCCGUCAUCGAGAAGGAAGUGCAACAGGUCAAAGACGACAAAACGCCGCCCGAGUUCCUUGAAACGGUUACACAAAAGGUACGCGACCUCGCGGUGGCAAGAGGGUCUUCGGUCGACGGUAUCUGGAGGUCUUUCGAGGCUUUUCUGCGGCAGCAGCAGAAGCAGCAGCAGCAGCAGCAGCAGGGUUCCGGCCGACCAAUCCGAAUCCUCACCUUGUCGUCGAGCUCGACCAUUCUGCAAUGUCUCCAGCGAGCGGUCGCGGGGUUCGACUCCGACUUCGACAUCCGGAUUCUCGAGUCACGUCCGCUUUUCGAAGGCGUGUCAAUGGCGUCGGGCCUGGUCAACCGUCUACGCGAGGCGCCAGCAGAGAGGAAAAACAAGAUCGAGGUCUCGAUAUACACCGACGCCGGCGCCGCCGUCGCAAGCAGGGAUGUGGAUGUCGUUCUUGUCGGCGCCGACGCCAUCGAUCGGUACGGGUCGACAUACAACAAGACGGGCUCGCUGCCCGCGGUCCUCUCAGCCAAGCACUGCUCCCCUCACUCUAAAGUGCUGGUCUUGGCCGACAGCGAAAAGAUUUUGCCGUACGAGAUGCCCGACUGGGAAGUAAACGACGUUGACGAGCUCGCUACAUCCUGGAAGCAGAGCCCCAGCGUCAAGGGAACUGUCUCGACUCUCCUCGGCAGUGCAUCAGGCAUGACCACUGACGAAAAGGGGGUCAAGGUAGGCGUGAUGAAUGUCUACUUCGAAUGGGUUCCCCCGACUCUCAUCGACGGGUACCUGUUUGAGGACGGCCAGAAAAGCGCAAAGGAAAUAGCAGAUCUUGCAGAUAAGAUUCGCCGCGAGGCGGAUGUCUUCUUCUCGGAUGUUUAA